UCCUUGUCCCAACAACUAGUCCUAGCCGGUGCAACAAUUACAUCGUAAAAAGCAUCAAUGGCAAUCGAAACUCUAGUAUUAGGUGCUGGUCAAGAGGUUGGAAAAAGCUGCGUUGUAGUAAACAUCAAUGGAAAAAGAAUCAUGUUCGAUUGUGGAAUGCAUAUGGGUUACACUGAUCAUCGUCGUUUCCCUGAUUUCUCUCUUAUUUCACCUUCUGGCAAUUUCAAUGAUGCUCUCUCAUGCAUCAUCAUCACUCAUUUUCACUUGGAUCAUGUUGGAGCGUUGGUUUACUUCACUGAAGUUUGUGGGUAUCGUGGACCAGUUUACAUGACGUACCCAACAAAAGCUUUGUCUCCUUUGAUGUUGGAAGACUUUCGGAAGAUGGUUGAUCGUCGGGGUGAGGAAGAACAAUUUACUUCUGAACAUAUUGCUGAGUGCAUGAAGAAAGUUAUUGCUGUAGAUCUAAAGCAGACUGUGCAAGUAGAUGAAGAUCUGCAGAUACGUGCAUAUUAUGCUGGACAUGUUAUUGGAGCUGCGAUGUUCUAUGUAAAAGUGGGAGAUGCAGAAAUGGUUUAUACAGGAGACUACAAUAUGACACCAGAUAGACACCUAGGAGCAGCCCAAAUUGAUCGACUACGACUUGACCUUCUUAUAACUGAAUCCACAUAUGCAACUACGAUACGUGAUUCGAAAUAUGCUCGAGAGAGGGAAUUCCUCAAAGCUGUUCAUAAAUGUGUUUCUGGUGGAGGAAAGGUUCUUAUUCCAACAUUUGCUCUCGGAAGAGCUCAGGAACUAUGCAUUUUGUUGGAUGACUACUGGGAACGAAUGAAUUUGAAGGUUCCUAUCUACUUCUCAUCAGGAUUAACUAUUCAAGCUAAUAUGUAUUACAAGAUGCUUAUUAGUUGGACAAGCCAGAAGAUUAAAGAUACAUACUCCACACACAGUGCAUUUGAUUUUAAGAAUGUUCACAAAUUUGAUAAGUCUAUUAUAGAUGCUCCGGGUCCUUGUGUUCUCUUUGCCACUCCUGGGAUGAUAAGGGGUGGAUUGUCACUCGAAGUGUUUAAGCAUUGGGCACCAUCAGAAAAGAAUCUUGUCACUCUGCCUGGGUAUUGUGUGGUAGGAACUGUAGGACAUAAAUUAACAUCGGGUAAGCCCACCAAAAUUGAUACAGAUCCCGAUACACAGAUUGACGUGCGUUGCCAGAUUCAUCAGUUGGCUUUUAGUCCUCACACCGAUUCUAAAGGGAUAAUGGAUCUUGUAAAAUUUCUCUCCCCAAAGCAUGUUAUGCUAGUGCACGGUGAGAAGCCUAAGAUGGCUUCUCUAAAAGAAAGAAUUCAUUCUGAAUUGGGGAUUCCAUGUUAUACUCCUGCAAACAAUGAAACCGUAUCCAUUCCUUCAACUCACUACGUAAAUGCAGAAGCCUCUGACACUUUCAUCCGAAACUGCUUGAACCCGAACUUCACGUUUCAGAAAUGCAAUUCAGUGGACACAUGUAACUCUACUCUGAUAGACAGAAACUUAACGCCUGAACUUCAAGUCGAAGAUGAAAGAGUAGUAGAUGGGGUUUUGGUCAUGGAGAAUAACAAAAAGGCAAAGAUUGUACAACGAGAUGAGCUUUUGCUAAUGUUGGACGAAAAGAAGCACGAGGUUUAGUUUACAUGUUGGUGAAUGGCUGUGAUUCCAUAGAUUGCUUAUCUAACUAGAGCUCUUGGAUUAUGUUCUUACAUUGAAAGUUUUGUGGUGACUGAUCUGGAGAGAACAAUCAAAAUUUUGGGAGAAUCUCUCAAAGUAUAAUCAAAACAUUAUAUUACUUCUGCAUUUGGCCUCUGAAUCAUGCAUAUGAAACAACAGAACACCAGAUGGAAAGAGAAUCAGUUACACAGAAUGAACAGCAUGAUUUGGCCCUAACAAGAUUCAGAAACUAUGCUCAUUAGUUAGGCUCCAAUUUUUAUGAUGGGGAAAGGAAAUGUGUUAUAAAUAGACAAUUUUCUAGUUUUAUAUGAUAUUUGUAGUUAUUAUUUUUAGAUAUUUAAUUGCAGUAAGUCGAGAGUUAUUGAUAGGAGUUGUGCUGUUUUUCAAUGAACCGUACAAUAUUUAAUCUUAAUUUUAUUUUU